GUAUGAGAUCAAACUAUUAAGCCUCCCCCAAAGACAUUGAUGGCUCAAGUCCAAAUGGCUCAAGUCCAAGUCCCUAACUCCCAUCUUGAACUUGUCCUCGUAGUUGCUGCCACCGCAGCCACCACCCAGAGUUACUUGACCCACAGCCGCCAGAGCCACCCCCUCUCAAUCGUCCUACUGGCCCGGUCAUCAGUGACGACCUACAUAAACUCUGUCCUAGCUAGGUUUCAUGCCGGCUAUUUCCGAAUAACCCUAUCCCUAGCUGCGCAAUCUCUCCUCUUGAAGACUAUGAUUGACCAUCCAGAACCACAAACCACCAUCGACGAUGGAACCGGCAAAGGCGCAGAAUAUCCUCUGCACCGCCUCCUCGUCAGGGUCCACCCGACCAUUUUCCUCCUCAUGCUCUGGUCUCUCACUCUCGCAACCCUAACAUCUCUCUCUCUUAUUUACUUCUUGCGCUGCGUGUUUCGGUUCGAGUUGGUGAAGGCGGAGUUCUUGAACCGUGUAGGGGUCAACUAUCUCUUCACACCGUGGAUCUCGUGGCUCCUACUGCUCCAAUCUGCCCCGUUUGUAAAGCCGGGAACAGUGCCCUGCCACAUCCUGUGGUGGGUCUUUGUGGCCCCGGUCGUAGCGCUCGAUGUGAAGAUCUACGGCCAGUGGUUCAUUAAAGGAAAGAGGUUUUUGUCUACGGUGGCGAAUCCGACGAGUCAGCUGUCGGUGAUUGGAAACCUAGUGGCAGCUUGGGCAGCGGCACGGUUGGCCUGGGCGGAAAGCGCACUGUGCCUAUUUUCGCUAGGGAUGGUGCAUUACUUGGUGCUCUUCGUAACCCUUUACCAGCGGUUAUCGGGCGGCGAAUUCCUCCCCCCGAUGCUGAGGCCGACUUUCUUUCUGUUGUUUGCAGCCCCAAGCAUGGCGAGCUUGGCCUGGGAGUCCAUAGCAAGUGAAUUCGAUACCGGUUCGAAGAUGCUCUAUUUCCUGUCUCUCUUCCUCUUCGCGUCUCUGUUAUGCAGGCCAAUGUUGUUCAAGAGAUCAAUGAGGAAAUUCAAUGUGGCAUGGUGGGCUUACUCUUUCACACUCACAUUUCUAGCUUUAGCUUCGAUAGAGUAUGCACGAGAGGUUAAAGGCCACAUUCCCCGAGCCCUAAUGUUCAUCCUUUCGACUCUCUCCGUCUUGGUCUCGAUAAUCUUGACUAUUCUCACUUUGCUCAACACCAAAAUGCUCCUACCAAGUGAUGAUCCUGUCUUGGCGGAAAUGGAACAGCGUCUACCAUCAACAAGAUAACGGAAUUCUUGAGUGAUCGUCUACACAGUUAAUACCGAAACUAAUACAUUAGUAAUUGCCGCCAUGAAAAUUAUGGAAAGUACGGCGCAAGUGCUCUUCUUCCUUUUAUUUUAUUUUAUUAUUUUUUUAUGUUACAAAAGAGGCACAUGACCUAGUUCAGUAAAAGAGAAAUUCUAAAUAACUAAUAAAGGGGUA